AAAAAAAUUUAAGAAUAAUUAAAAAAAUUAAGUAAAAAACAAAAAAAAUUAGAAAAUAGUUAAAAAAACCUGCGGGCUUCAAAAUUUCUCCAAGUAAACUACCUGCACACGACAACAAUAACAUUACAAAAAAUGGCCUUAAAAUCAAUUCUUGAAACGCAUUUAUUUUCCAAAAAAAAUUUACAAUUUUAAUUUUUGCCGUACAAAGGCAACCAAGUAAACCAACGCGCCACCUCACCCAACAAGAGCACUUGAAGUAGAAACAACUACAAAAACAACAACCAACCAACUACCUACGCCCCAUAAAGGCAACAUACACAACCUAAAUGGAUUUAUAUUGUUAUCAGCCAACGCCACCUGCCUCACUCAUGGAUUAUCCCGUUGGACCGCAUCAACUGCAAAACGGCAGCAGCGGUGUUGGUGGCAUCGGCGGCAUCGUCAACAACACUAACGCGUACUUCAAUAAUAUUUAUACAAAUGGCGUUGCCAACAACAAUAAUACUAGCAACAACAAUAACAGUAGUAAUCUUUAUAAUCAUCAUAGUAACAGUGAUAGUUCAUCGGUGACGACGACAACAACAACAGCGACAAAUUUUGGUGAUUGCAUCGGUUUGGAGCGGGCUUUCGAUUUCUACAGUGAUCGAGGUAUGUUAUAAAUUAGCUGCUGCUAUCGGAAUUUCUCAUUUUCCCCUAAAAUUUCAACUGGUUUGAGCGCAUACAUUUAUGAGGUACUGUAAAUAUUAGGUGCAUAGCAUACAUUUACGCGGUACUACAUAUAAAUAUUGAAAAAUAUACAUAUGUGUGAUGUAUAAAGCAUACACCAAUACAUACAACUAUUUGCAAACCUUACAUGGAAAGGUUCAACUAUAAGUAUUUUAUACAGCAUACUUUUCAUCAUGAAUCAAAAUUUUUCUAUAACCCUUAGAAAGUCGGCUUAAGCCAAAAAAAAGAAAUGAGCAUAAUUGCUAACAAAUUUGUUCAAUGAAAAAAGAUUGCAAAAAUGAAUGACAUGUGUACGCCUACAUGCAAAUCAUGUAUGCUUUUCAAACGGUACUUUCUAAAAGUACGCAUUUGUCGAUAAACAACGGCAACAAUACAUAGGCCUCUGAGUAAGCAUGACAAAACACAGAAUGCCGAACGACAUGCUCCUUGACACACUUUAUACAAAAAACACGCACUUAUCUAUUAUUUUGCAAUUAACAUUAAGAGGGCGAAAAUACAUACAAAAUAUGAACAGAAA